UACCACCGCCUGCCGCCCGCGACCGCAAACCCAGAUCCACAUUCGGUCGGGGCCUCUCUUUUCCCACCUUCAUUCUGCCAUCCCCAUCCCCGCCAUCGAUCUUUUCUUCCCGGCCGAGCGAGCGACGAGGACGCCAAACAAGGCGAAAAGUUUUUGUCAAGAUAGACUCAAAUACGACAGGCGCCGCAUCCCGUCGAACCCCGUCCGCCUCUCGCGCGAGGGGGACCUGGAUGGAGCCAGCACGCAACGGUCAAGUCCAAGCAGCAAGGCCAUCUCAGGCCGCCGCCGCCACACCGAGGCCAUUGAACUCUAAGCCAACGCGGAUUCUGACCCAACGGCACACAAACUGCGAGCGAGGCGCAGGAUCCGGUGUGCGCCCCCAAAACCACGGCACCGCGGGUGGCUUUGGUCGCCCUCGCACCGACUCCCGACGGCUAGGGCGAAUUCAAUCCCCCGUAAUUUCUCUGGCCUCCCUCCUCCACCCGGCCACUUCCUGAUCCUCUCCCAAACGAGCACCACCCUCUCUCAGUGACGACCCCACGACCAUCCCGGUCUGGGCAGCUGACCUCGCUGGAACCCAUCUGCUCCCCUUUGGCGACGGCUUCGUCCCGCCGCUGUAAAGCCCAAAUGAUCACAAGAUAGGCCCCCUCGGCCUUGCUUUAACCAGCAGGCAACGACUCCAUACGCCGUAGGGCUCCGGCACAGCCCGUCUCGUCUACCGACGACCCCUCUUGCCGCCCUGCCCGCCGGCACUGUCCCCCGCGCCCCAACCGACACACGACUCCUGUCUUUUUGUUCUUUUCGUUUUUGAUUCCAGCCAUACGAUACCCCUCCUCCGAUGUUGCCCUUAAUGCAGAUGCACCCGAUGGUGCCCACCCCUCCUCACUUCGACCACCUGCUCCCCGGCUCGAACCACAUAAAACCCGAGUACCUGGCACUAUGUCAACAGUCUCGCAACCCAAUGUCAUCGAAUCCCUACGCGACCCAAAAUGUCGGCGCCAGGCCAUUCCCGAUCCGGAGCUCGCAGCCCGCUCAGCCACCGCAGCAGCAGCAAUCCCCUCAUCGCGGGCCUAGCGCACCGUCGUUCGCCCAGAGCCACCCCCAGGCACUUCCCGAUUACAGCCAGCACCAGCUGCGACGAAAGACGCCUAGCGGGACCAUCGACGCCGGCUACGAUGGCUCCCCUGCCGGUCUGGCCAUCGGGCCCCCGCAGAAGCAGCUGAUCAUCUCGGCAUCUCCCAAGAUAUUCCCGACCGCGUUCGUCCACAGCAACCUUCAAAUGGCCGACGCGGUCAACGGCCAGUUGCAUCUGGCUAGCAGCUGGCAGUAUUCGCAUUCUGCCCAGCGGAUCGGCGGGGGAUAUGACGCCCAGCCGGUGGGAUGGAACUUGGGACAGUCCCUGCAGCCUGACGGCGCGCCGCUGCCGGACAGGAUAAUGGCCCCCCAGCAACACCCUUCGAACUUGUUUAGCAACGACUUGCGGCUCCAGGGUGUCUUCACCCCGUCUUAUCAACACAAUAUUAUGAGCCCAACCGCCUUCAACCCAGCCGGAUUCACUCCUUCACCUGUGUGGAAGGACCCCGGAGUGUCAGAUUACCGUGGCCAAGUUCCCUUGUCCAAUUUAGGCUUUAUCCCACAGAAUGCUGCCUUUGACGCCACAUAUGUGCCAGCUCAGAACUCCAUGCACCAACCCAUCCCAAUGGGCCAGCAGAUGCUUGGCGGCCCUGUCCAGGGCCACGCCAUGCACGCCCCAAUGCCCGGAUUCGAUGCGGACAAUGGAGUACUCCGGCCGCCUCAGAACGUAACGCAGCUACCCCGCGGUGGACUGGAAUCACUAUCCCUGCGCGGCUCCGCCGCCGCCGCUGGCAGCCCUGUCGGCGGCCUCCCUAUGCGCUCCGAUAUGUCGUCGCCUGCUCGCUUCAAGGAGAGGGUUCUUGCGCAUGCGCACAAGACAUAUGCCGACCUUCUUGUGUACAUCAGUUACACGAAGCAAUCGCUUCCAGGGAAGACCAUGUCUGGUCUCCGGACAUUGUCCAAAAUGGUCGUAUUCCCGAAGCCACCCAAACAGCUGGGUCUGUCCUUGAGCCCUCCACGACACACCGCGGCGAUGCACGCUCGCCACAGCUCGUUCGCCGGUGCCGAAUCAGCCUUCGGGGCUUCUGGCCAGGCAAAGUUUGCGUACGCCGACAGGACGUACCGUGCCGGGAGCGGGAACCCGGCCGAGCUUCCCUCGCCGGUAUCCAGCGCCAGGCAAUCUCUGGAGAUGCUCACAAACUUGUGUGAGCAGAGCGGGUGGAAAUGGGUUGAUGGAAUGUUGCUUGGCGGCUGUCUACACUAUGGUCUAGAACACUACGAGGAGGCUCUGGACUGGUUCAAAAGGAUUACCAACCUCGACUCAAGUCACGUCGAGGCCAUCUCCAAUAUCGCCGCCACCCUAUAUUGUCUAAAUAGACAUGACGAGGCCGAGAGGCAUUGGGUAGAGGCUGUGACCCUCCGGCCUGGCUACCUCGAAGCUGUCGAGCAUCUGGUUGGGCUUCUCUGCUCGACCCAACGUAGCAGACAGGCGGUGAAUAUUAUAAGCCGUGUUCAACGGGGUCUUCGCAUGCCCGAACACGAGCCAUCUCAGGGCGAUGCAGCUUCCCAGAACAUCCCACCGUCAUCACAAUUCGCAGAAGCAUCGACCCAGCCAGGAUUCGGUUCGAGCGGCUACAUGAUUCCAGGCAACGAGAAUGGCCGCAUGCUUCUGCUCAUUCACGCCAAGGGCAACAUGCUCUAUGCCCUGAAGGACAUCGAGCGCGCAUCAGAGGCGUUUGAAGAAGUCGUCAUGAUUAGCACUGGCAGGCAAAAUCGAGGCAUACAAAGCUUGAUCCGUGAGAUACAGACGGUGCUCUCGCCCAGACCCAGCCAGCUAGGCAUGCCCUCAACCACCGGGGCUCUCGUGCGCAGGCCUGUGUCUGGUCCGCUCCUCCUGCCACCUGACCGGGCAAAACUGACGGCGCGGUUUGUCUUUGGCUCGGCCAAUGCCCAGCUUCCAGGGCUUCGAUAUGUCGGCGAGGGCGGCCAUCGCAAGUCGGCCGUCUCCACGACCAGCAACUCCCUGCUUUCGCUCGCCAAGAUAUUCCAGGACUCCAUGUCCACCGGCGGCAUGCCACCGGGCCAAGGCAGACAGGCCUCGGGCGUCGGCGACAUCCUCGCCCUCUACUACCUGUCUCUUUCGCUUCAAGAGAGCCCCUCGACAGCGAACAAUGUUGGAAUCCUCCUUGCAAGCGUACAACAAUCGGCGGCCCAGAUCGAGCCUCUGUCUCCAGAGUCGGCGGCCCUCGUAAAGGAUAUCCCUGGUAUCGUGCGCGGCAGCGGGCUGGAGCUGGCACUACUGUACUACCAGUACGGCCUUACUCUAGAUCCUCACCAUGUCCACCUGCACACAAAUUUGGGCAGCCUCCUUAAGGACAUCGGACAGCUUGACCUAGCCAUCCAAAUGUACGAAAGAGCCGUGGCGUGCGACGGCACGUUCGACAUCGCACUUACCAACUUGGCAAAUGCGGUCAAGGACCGAGGCCGCAUCAGCGACGCUAUCAUGUACUACAAGCGUGCCGUAACAACCAACCCGGACUUUGCCGAGGCCGUCUGCGGCCUGUCAACAGCUCUGAACUCGGUUUGUGACUGGCGGGGCAGGGGUGGCGUGUAUCUGUACGGCGCCAGAUUUGACCGGUGGCAUGUCGACGAGCAGGGAAUGCUGCAAGAUGUCAGGAACAGUGGUCAGGGCAGCGGGCUGAUGAAGCGAGUGGUGGACAUCGUCGGGCGCCAGCUCCAGGACUCGGCAUCAUGGGGCGCGGGCACCCUCGGAGAGGCCGUCAUUGCGCUGCUCGUGUCCCAGCUGAAAAGCUCGGGCGCGAAGCUAACCAACAGUUCGAUGGACCUGGAAGCCGAACUGCGUAAGUGGGCGGAUCAACCGUGGGAGGGCUCGAGGAUCAUCCGCCUGAUCGAGCGCGCCACGCGGUCAGCGAUGCGGACGUGGUACGUGGACAAGUAUGUGAAGGGUCAGGAGGCGGCAGGUGGCUACCCCAGGCCUCGGCUACCCGGCAGCCUCACGAUCCCCUCGGCACCUACCGUCCUCCCCUUCCACACCUUCACUUGUCCCCUGACGGCCAGGGAUAUCCGCACGAUCUCUCAGCGCAACGCGCACCGGAUAUCGUGCUCGACCCUCCGCGCUCCCUGGCUGUCUAGCUCCGUGUAUCCGCCGCCACCGCCGCCCCAGCCAUACCUAAACGUCGGCUACCUCUCCUCGGACUUCAACAACCACCCGCUAGCACAUCUGAUGCAGUCCGUCUUUGGGUUCCACGACCAGACACGCGUCAAGGCGUUCUGCUACGCGACGACGGCGAGCGACAAGUCGAUCCAUCGGCAGCAGAUAGAGCGAGAAGCGCCCGUGUUUCGCGAUGUGAGCAGCUGGCCCCCGGACAAACUCGUCAACCAGAUCGUGCGAGAUGGCAUCCACAUCCUCGUGAAUCUCAAUGGCUACACGCGCGGGGCUCGAAACGAGAUCUUUGCAGCACGCCCGGCACCGAUUCAAAUGUCGUUUAUGGGCUUCGCCGGCACUCUUGGUGCGGAAUGGUGUGACUACCUCCUUGCAGAUGCCACUGCGGUGCCGCCCUCGACGCUUCGACCGUGGCGCGGCAACAACAGUCUGCAGGAUGUGUUUAAGGAUGAGGCAGUUGUGGACGAUGGCGAGUGGGUCUAUUCAGAGAACAUCAUCUAUUGCAAAGACACCUUCUUCUGCUGCGAUCAUGCGCAGUCGGCCGAUGUCGAGGACGAGCGGAAUAUGUCGUGGGAAGAGGAGCAGCGGCGGCGGUGGAAGAUGCGCAAGGAGCUAUUCCCCAACCUGCCCGACGACACCAUCAUCCUCGGCAACUUCAAUCAGCUCUACAAGAUUGAUCCGACGACAUUCAGGGCAUGGCUACGCAUCCUGGCAGCGGUUCCCAAGGCCAUCCUCUGGCUCCUCCGCUUCCCAGACCUGGGCGAGGUCAACCUGAAGCGGACGGCCAAGGAGUGGGCUGGCGAGCAAGUGGCCAACCGCAUCUUGUUUACUGAUGUUGCGCCGAAGCAGCAGCAUAUCUCGCGGGCCCGGGUCUGCGAUCUAUUCCUUGACACGCCCGAGUGCAACGCGCACACGACGGCGGCCGACAUCCUGUGGUCUAGCACGCCGCUCCUGACCUUGCCGAGAUACGAAUACAAGAUGUGCUCCCGCAUGGCGGCCUCGAUCCUCAAGGGCGCGCUGCCCAACUCAGAGGAGGGUCUGCGCGCGGCCUCGGACCUGGUGGCCGAAGAUGACGUGGAUUACGAGAACCUUGCCGUCAAACUUGCCAACGGGCUCUCGUACCAACUCAACGUGUUUGGCGGGUACGGCGAAGGCUCUGGCCGGCUUGCUGAGCUGCGACGGCUGCUAUGGGAGAGCAAGUGGACCUGUGCGCUGUUUGACACGCGACGUUGGGUUCGAGAUCUGGAGGAUGCCUACGAUGAAGCCUGGCGGAGAUGGGUGGCGGGUGAAGGAGGUGACAUUCACCUUUAGUUUCCCUAUCUGCCUGUUCUGCGUUGAGUUUUCUUUGGAACGACUCCCCGAGGUCCGUCUAACAGCUAUCGCGCCUUCUCUUGUCUGCCUACGCUUUGUUUCUCUCUUUCUACCUCUUCCACUUCUUCUUCCACGUGUAUCCCACGUGAGCGCACAUGCAGCCAUCUGCUUGUGUCGCUUUUUGUUUCCAUGCGUGCUUUCUUUCAGCAACCUGACGCCUCUCCUUUCUCUUCUCUUUUAACGAUCAUUUUCAUAUUUGUUUUCAUUGCAGCUAUAUACCGUUUGAGCGGCAUUGUGACGGGAGUUUUGGAGCUGGGCACACCUUCCACGUCUCCGGAUGGAGAGUAGGAAGUGGGAUCAUGCGACUGGGAUGGACAGGACGGACGAAUGAAUGGAUUCUGGUCUGGGUUCAACAGAACUGUCCGGUAUAUCGUUUGCUUUUUUUCUCCCCUGAAUUGGUCACAACACCACGCUGUCAAGGCGUGUGUCCUCGAGGCAUCAACCGUGAUUUCCCUCGAUUCCGGUUUCCCACGAGCCCACCGCUACUUGCGGAAGAAGUCGCAAAUAGGGGCGGUGACGCGGCUGAUCGCCGCGGGAUGGUAAGGAAAAUGCCAGCAGCCCCCAGCAAGGAAGAAAAAAAAAAGCAAAACUGCGGCAUCGAUUCUCGUCUCUUUUUUGUUUUGUUUCCCCCCUCCCCUGCACGGUACCGUAAGGCGACUCUGUCCCUUAUUCCCCAUCUUUCUCAGCCUGUUCCUAUUGAAUUUUAGGGGAUGGUACUUUUUUUUGCUUUUCUUCUUGCCUUCCGCCCCUGACAUUGGUUGCUUUUUUUCUGUUUACUCGCUUUGCAGGCCAACCGGCAGGGGUCCAUUUUCAUGCCGAAGAUGCUCAGCCCCAACCCAUCCGCCCCAUUAUAUCGCGUCCUUCACCUCUUUUCUACUCAACAUAUCUGACGAUCUUGAUCCCCAAGGAGGGAAGAUAGGUCGAGGAGGGAGGGACGAAUGCGGCUGGGAGCGGCUGAUAUGAUCCUGGUCUUUACUACGCUGCCAAUACUCGGUGCCGCCGUCCAAUGAACGGAGCUGAUGUGCCGGUCCUCUUCGAUAUCCCACCACACCCGCCCACACUGUCCGUCUCCUCCUUGGCUGGGGGGAGAUGGUUGGCUCCGAGAGGGGAGGUAACAGGCACACUGGUGGUCCAAAUGGAGGCCUGGAAGGACACCUCACCAUACACACCCCGUCAUGCUCCCCGGACGCUUCCUAGCAGGCGUCUCCUGUGCAAAAGUGAAAAAGUUGCGGUUUGUGCUGGCGUGUGGUCUACCUGUUGCCGCCCCGUUCCGUUUUUGAACCCCCUGGCUUACUCUACAACAUAGGCAACAAGAUAUUAUGGUGUCUAUGCCAAGCGAAGCGUGCGCCUGGGAAGGGGAGGGGGAAGGGGGGAACCCUACUUGCCGCCUUCCGGUGCCAGUUGUCGUAUUGGGCCGCCUACUUGCCCCGUCUCCCUCGCCGUCAUCCUUCUUCCCUUUUCCCUCGGACAACCGGGCGGACGGGAGUGGCGCAAGGCCGUCGUCGUCCCGGCCGGGUCUUGUAGCUCUUUCUUUUUCUUCGUAGCUAGGUCAAGCUUCGUGGUAUGCCCCAGGGUCCGGCCAGACACAUACACGCACAUGGGUAACUAGGCGAGCUAGACGGCCCCGGGCGCGGGGACGUCGGGCAACCAGCCAGGCCCCAGGUCCCUACUCGUCCAAGUCUCGCCCAGUGACAACGGGACAGAUAUGGUAUAGGGGUGUGUGUAUAGCAUACUACGUCGGGGCGGGGAUGGGUGGAUAGGUAGGUAAGUGGCUGCUCUUGCACCCGGGGAGAUGGCCCUCUCGAUGGGGCGGAUGGGGAUAGACAGACAGACUAGAUACCUUGACAGGCGAGGUGGCACGUCACCUGGCCCUCGUUGCCUCACCGCCGAGCACAUUCACACGUACCGUUACAUGAACCAGGUUCUUUUGCUUUUUCUAUUCCACCUUUCCCGUAUUUCUCUCCCUCUCUCUCUCCUCCAACUUGUCCGUCUCGGGUAGUCCGCAACACUGGGAUGGAAGGGGGUGUGUGGGCGUGUACGUGGGGACAGUCGAGCGAUAUGUAGGUAGGUUUAGGUAGUUUGGGUUCAUAUGCUGCUGAGCUUGGCUUGACCUAACCACGUCCGUCAUACCGAGGAUGGAGCCGCUGCCUCUUUCUGUCUGUUCCUA